AUGGGACACAUGAGCUACCCCUCCCAAAUGGAUAGCCCCUCCAGGCAACUUGUCCUGGAUUUAGCGCGGGACCUUGAACAGUUACGCAUGCACAACACCGAGUUGAAGAAGGUCAAAGUCUACGAACGCCGAUCCUUCUAUGAGAACCUUGACCGAAUUGAUAGCGAACUUGAGGCCCAGCACAAUGCGGCCCUUGACAAGGCUGCCGCUCUGCAUGAUCGGGUACUCGUGGAGGCCGAAGAGACGUUGCGCGCACACCAACGAGCGGUAGAGGAGGAGCUCCGUCGGAGAGAGGAAGAAGCACGGAAAGAGGCGGAGCGCAUAGAACGAGAGAAGGCAGAGAAGCUACGCCGAGAGCAGGAGGAGGCUGCACGGCGUGAGGCUGAGCGCAGAGCAGCCGAGGAGGCGAAGAAGAAGGCAGAGGAAGAGGCGGAGAGGAAAAAGAAGGCGGCGCAAGAAGAACAGGAGCGGAAAGAACGAGAGCGACUAGAGGAAGAGAAUCGCAAGCGCCAGGAAGAGACACAAAAGGCAGAGCAGGAGGCGUCCCAACGCCAAGCGGAAGCCGCGCAAAAGGCACAGGCGGAGCGACAGCGACAGGUCGGAGGCGCUCGUCUUACGGAGGAAGAAAUCAAGGUCCAGGCCCGCUACGUGGAACUGCACCAACAUCUCAAGAAGUUCCGGCAGUACUUGAAAAAUGAAGGGAAAACAAACGCCAUUGUCAAGCAAAACAUGGGCGAUAUGCGGCGAACGAUUAAGAAAUGCGUUGGACAACUACGUGAAGGCAAGGGAGCCAACAAAGCCCAGCUUCAAGAGAUUCGCGCGACGCUUGAGAAAGCCGCCUCGAUUGCUGAACCGUCGGUGGAUGUUCGCCAAUUCAUCGCUUUCCCGCCCGAGAAUAUUGCCAAUUCCGAUGACAACAAGGUGCCUGCCCUUUUGAUCUACGCCCUGAACAUCUUCUCCAAGUGUAUGAUCUCUUCCCUCAUUACGGAGGCGUCCAUCAACCUGGGCCAUGCGGAGCCGGUCGGGAUCGUCGCGGCCCAGAUAUUCUCCGCCGAUGCCUUCAUCUACAAGGGCUGCCACAUGGUGGACAUUCUAUUGGCCAAGUACCGUGUUGUUUGCCCAGCGCUGUGGGGAUUCCAUGGCAAUGAGAAGACCGAGGGUGGCCGACGUGCCCUGGGUUGGUGGCGCGAAGGACCGGACGGGCCGUACAUCAGCGAACAGGCCCACGCCGACCGAAUGACAGCUCUGGGUGCGGGUUAUGCGGCCUUGACCCUGCGCAAUUUUGGCAAAACCGCGCGCAAGAACCCUUUCCCCAACACCAUGUUUUGGUAUACCAUGCAUAAAAUCCUGAAUAUCCCGCCGGCAGAGAUCCAGGAUACUCAUGUCACCCUGCUUUCGGCAAUGCUGAAAUCGUCAGCCGAAAGAAUUGUUGGUUUCUUCGGGCAUAUCGGACUGGCGCUGAUGAGGAAGGCUAUAGUCGAAUUACCCGACAGCCUGCCCCGGCAGAGUAUGAGCGUUAACCAACUCAAGCUCCUCAAGGAUCUGUAUAAACGGGAGAAGAACAUUUUGCUCUGA